AUGAGAGUUCAACAACAACAAGAGGAUUUCCAGCUACGAUACAUAAGAGAUCAAGAAAAACAAGAGGAAUUCCAGCAACAAUACAUGAGAUCUCAAGAAAGACAGGAGGAGCUCCAGCUGAGGAUAAUGGACCAGCAAAGAGAUUUCCAAUCAAGAUUCCUGGAUUCACAAAGGGAGCAAUCUACUCAAUUUCAAGAAUCAUUCAACAAAUUGUCAGAACAACAAGUUGAACAAGAAAAAUACAUUCUAAACUUAUAUCACUGGAAGAAUGUAUAUCACACAACUAGAGAGGCUAGGCAUUUUGAUAGGGUGGAAUAUGACAUAGACACUCAAGCUCAACUUGACUAUCUAGUUGCCAGUAUGGCCACCUUGAAUCAAGAGAUCCCACCAUUCGAUAAAGUUCCUCGGCCAGGAGAAUUACAAAAGUCAAGAGCUAAAAGAAAUGCAGAGAGAAUGAAGCAAAGAUUGCAAGAUGCUGAAGCAAAGAUUGCAAGAUGCUGGAUUCUGGGAAGAUGA